UUCACACCCCUGCACCCAUCUCGUCUUCCACCUCAUCACUCCCACUGACAGCAACUAGUCUACACACUCACCGCUAUUCAUCUCCUGACCCAAAUAUUCAAACUUUUAAUCCAUUCUUCGCAACAAGCUCCUUCAAAAACGAUGCAACAACAUCGUUUUAAGUACUUGGGGUUUACCUGAGAGUGCAUGUAAGUGUUUGAUAGAAUUCGUGUGUCUCAAGAAUUGUUAUGUAAUCAAGUAAGGCGUGGUGAAUCAAGUGAUUUAUCAUGCGGAGUUGAGGUUAACACAAGACAAUGCUAUUUCUAUUCGCUUUGUUUGGGUAUAUCAAAUCAAACCAAAACAGAGUAUAGAUUACAAUCAUCUGUAAAUGGAGUUGGGAAUUAAUCAAGUGACGAAAGAACAUCACUUCAAAUUCUGGAUUUUCGAUAAUGCUCCGCUCCUCUUCUUCAGCAAACGUGCAAUCAGAUGUCUAGAUACAGCUGCCAUUGCCAGAGAUGCUGCUGCCAUAACUGCAUUGGAUAUGGAGCUGAAACACUGAAAGGAGAUGUUGCUGCCAUUUUAGUGAAUUAAAUUACUUGGAUUAUGAUAUCCUAAAACAAUCAUAAUUCAGGGUAUUAACGAAGCAAGAGGCAGAGCAGUGGUAGAGUAAAAUAUAGUUAUGGAUCUGGAUACUCUGUUCGAUGCUGCCAUGGCCGGAGAUGCUGAAGCUAUUGCCAAAUUGGAGAUGGAAGCUGAUAGACUGCACCGAUAUCAAGAAACUAUCCUUCACCUGCAAUCAGAGGAGGGGAAUAUUGAACGUGUGAGAUUCAUUUUGAGGGAAUUUGCACACAAAAAUCUUUUAGCAAAGUUUAGUAGAUAUAAGCAUUCAGCACUUCACUUGGCUAUAUACGAAGGACGAACUGAAGUGGCCGAGGUCCUCAUUGAUGCAGCUCGCCAUUUGCCUCAUUCAGAUGAUGAUGGUAAUCCCGAAGUCACUUCUUUUCAAGCUUUUCUCAGGCAAGGUGAUAAAGAUUUGGACACUGCCUUACAUGCAGCAGUCUUGAGAGGAAAUUUUACUAUCGUUAAGCUACUAGUAGAGGCCGAUCGGACUGAUACACAUAUUCAAAACGACAACGGUAAAACACCAAUGUACAUAGCUGUGGAAAAAGGUCUCCACGAUAUAGCAGAGAUUAUCUCUACAACUUGCACUGCUCCAUCUUUGCUCGGACCUGAUUGUAGUACUGUUGUGCGUAUUAAAAAUCUGGACCAAGCUAAGAGCCCUGGUGGAAGCCUCUACAAGAUUAUGGAUAAAGAUGCUCUGUAUGCGGCUGCCAUUGCUAGAGAUGCUGAUGCCAUAGCUGCAAUGGAAAUGCAUGCUGAUAAAUUGAACGGAUACGAAGAAACUAUUCUUCACACAGAGUCCGAAAACGGAAAUACAGAACACGUGCGAUUUAUAUUAAGGGAGUUUGCAGACAAAAACCUUCUGGUCAAGCUUAACAAAUAUAAACAGACUGCACUUCACUUGGCUUCGUCUCAAGGACACACAGAAGUGGCGGAGGUCCUCAUUAAUGCUGCUAGACAUUUGCUGCCUCCUUCUCCACAUGAUGAUAAUAUUGAUGAUGAUAAUCCAGUUACUUCAUUUCAAGAUUUCCUUAGGCAAGCUGAUAAAUAUAUGGACACUGCCUUACAUGAAGCAGUUAAGAAGGGUAAUAUGGCCCUUGUUAAGCUUUUGGUAGAGGCUGAUACAAGUGGUAAACAUAUUCAAAAUGAUGAAGGCAAAACACCAAUGUACAUUGCUGUGGAAGAAGGGUUGAAUGAUAUAGCAGAGGUAAUCUCUACAACUUGCAUUUCUCCAUCUUUGCUCGGAUCUGAUUGUAGUACUGUUGUGCGUAACAAGAAUUUUGACCAAGCUAAAAGCCCAGGUGGAACCCUCUAUAAAAUUAUGCAGAAAGAUGCUCUGUAUGCAGCUGCCAUUGCCAGAGAUGCUGAUGCCAUAGCUGCAUUGGAGAUGCAUGCUGAUAAGCUGGACAUGAAUGACAGAACUAUCCUUCACAUUGAAUCCAAAGAAGGAAAUAUAGAACAUGUGCGCUUCAUUUUGAGGGAGUUUGCACACAAAAACCUUUUAGUGAAGCAGGAUGAUCAAAUGGAGACUGCACUAACCUGGGCUGCAUAUUUUGGACACACUGAAGUGGCCAAGGUCCUCAUUGAUGCAGCUAAACAUUUACCUUCUUCAGAAGAUUACAAUCCAAUUACUUCUUUUCAAGCUUUUCUUAGGCUUGGUGACAAAGAUAUGGACACUGCCUUGCAUAUAGCAGUCAUACAUAAUAAAGAAGAAAUUGUUAAGCUGUUAGUAGAGGCCGAUCCAAGUGAUACACAUACACAAAACAAUGAAGGUAAAACUCCAAUGUACAUAGCUGUGGACAAAGGGUUCAAUGAUAUAGCAGAAAUAAUCUCUACAACUUGCACAGCUCCAUCUUUGGACGGACCUGAUGGUAGUACUGUAGUGCGUAUUAACAAUCUCGAGCAAGGUAAGAGCCCUGGUGGAACUCUAUUUAAAAUUAUGGAUAGAUAUGCUUUCUUCGUGGCUGCAAUUGCCGGAGAUGCUGAUGCCAUAGCUAAAUUGGAGACGGAAGCUGAUAUACUGAACGAAGGUGAAGAAGCUAUCCUUCACGUUGAAUCUCAAAAUGGAUAUACACAACGUGUGCGAUUUAUUUUGAUGGAUUUCGCAAAGAAGUAUCUUUUGUCCGCGCUUGAUUCAGAUAAACACACGGCACUUCACUUGGCAGCAAAUAAUGGACACACUGAAGUGGCUGAGAUCCUCAUCGAUGUAGCUAGACAUUUGUAUCCUUCUACAGAUAAUGAUAACCCUCAAGAAAGUCCACGUACUUCAUUUCAAGAUUUUCUUAGGCAAUCUGAUCAAUAUGAGGACUCUGCCUUACAUGCAGCAGUUAAGAAAGGUCACGUUCCUAUUGUUAAGUUAUUAGUAGAGGCCGAUCCAAGUGAUACACAUGUUCAAAAUGAUGAAGGCAAAACACCAAUGUACAUAGCUGUAGAACAAGGGUACAAUGAUAUAGUAGAGAUAAUAUCUACAACUUGCACAGCUCCAUCUUUGGACGGACCUAAUGGUAGUACUGUUGUGCGUAUCAAGAAUCUCGACCAAGCUAAGAGCCCUGGUGGAACCCUCUAUAAGAUUAUGGAUAAAGAUGCUCUAUACGUGGCUGCUAUUUCCGGAGAUGCUGAUGCCAUAGCUGUAUUGGAGAUGCAAGCAGAUAAACUGAGUGGAUACUAUAAAGAAACUAUCCUCCACACUGAAUCAGAAAACGGAAAUACAGAACACGUGCGAUUUAUUUUGAGGGAGUUUGCAGACAAAAAUCUUUUGGUCAAGCUUAACAGAUACAAACAGACUGCACUUCACUUGGCUUUGUCUGAAGGAAAGACCGAAGUGGCUGAGAUCCUAAUUGAUGCAGCUAGACAUUUGCCGACUCCUGAUUCAGCUAAUGAUAAUACUGAUGAUAAUCCAGUUACCUCUUUCCAAGCUUUCCUUAGGCAAGCUGAUACAGAUUCUGACACUGCCUUACAUAUAGCAGUCAGUUUGGGUCAUGUGGCCAUUGUUAAGCUAUUAGUAGAGGCCGAUCCAAGUGAUCCACAUAUUCAAAAUGAUGACGGCGAAACACCAAUAUACAUAGCUGUGAAAAAAGAGUACUACGAGGUAGUGAAGAUGAUCUGUACAACUCGCACCGCUCCACUUAAUUUGAAUGCUCCUGGUUCUAGUACCACUCUAUUACAUAUUCUUAUCAAGAAUCUCGACCAAGGAAGAAAAGAAUUGGAAGAUGUGAUUAGACAAAUUAUAGAAUCAAUUAAGCGGGUACAUAAUAAUCUCAACGUACUCGAAAAGGAUAAAAGCUUGGUUCAGUUCUUCAAUAAAACCGACGAAAAGAGAUGCAUCAUUUUAGAAUUGGCGGUGGAGGGAAAUCAUUUGAACUUGGUUGAAUUGAUAUUAGCAGAAAAUCCAGCCUUUCACCCGUACGAGGACGAUGCCUAUUACCUUGAAAUGCAUGCUGUUGAGUAUCAUGCACAUUUCGAGCAAAUGUAUCCUGCUUUAUUGGGUAUCAUUCCUUUAAUUUACAAAAUUAUGGAUAAAGAAGUUGGUGGUAUGCUCAAGUUACUCACCCAAGCAUAUGAAAAAGGGAUUGAACGUGCUCGGUACAUAUUUCAAAUGCCCUAUGAGAGAGGGAUUGAACAUGCUCUAUACAUAUUUCAAAUGCCUGAAUUAAUUUCUGCUAUUAGAGGCCGCCAAAAAGAAUCCGUCAUCAGCAAGUUAAAGGAGUACUAUUCCAAAAACCUUGUAACCUUUGCUGACAAUCUAGGAUGGACUGCUCUUCAUCAUGCAGCAUAUCACGAAUUUGAUUCUAUAAUUCAGCCAAUGGUAGAAGCACAAAGAGAAUUCAAAUAUCCAUUUGCGUACGAAAAUAUGUUAUCAACACCUUUUCAUGUAGCAGCGGAAAAAGGAUAUACAUCUACAGUGAUAUGUCUUAUGCAGUCAUGGCCAUCUUGGUCAUCAGCAUAUACUAUUGUUGAUAAAGAUGGAAAAAAUAUUCUACAUAUGGCGGCAUUGCAAAGUAAAAAAGAGAUGAUACAAGGCAUUUUAAAUUAUUGUUCAGAAGAGUACAAGAAAGAGUUUGUGAAUAAGCAGGAUAACAACGGUGAUACACCUCUUCACAUUCUUAUCGAUCGUGGUUGCUUCAUUCCCGAACUCCUGAGAUAUGAAGGGCUUGACAUAAGGGUAGAAAACAACAAAAGAUGGACUCCUCCUGAUAUGUUGUAUUCUGAUGAGCAAGUUACUGAUGAGCAGGUACAAAUCAAAAUUGCACUUGAUGGUAUCCAAAUUGAUUCAAAAAGGGAUCUUUUUUCAAGUUCGGUCCUCCCACCAAGUAAACGGGUGAGAAAAGAUGUGAUUUUUAAUGAAAAAGCAAAACAGAUGAAGAAUGAAAAGAAUGCACUGAUAAAAAAAGAUGCUCAUGCCAUGGAAAAUUGUUUUGCCGAGGCCAUUGCUGGAGAUCCUAUAUCCAGAGCUGCACUGGAGAUGGAUGCAGCUAUACCAAACGAAUUGGGAGAAACUAUCCUUCACGUUGAAUCAAAGAAGGGAGAUAUAGAACAUGUGCGAUUCCUUGUGAGUGCGUUUGCGUACAAAGGCCUUUUAAUCAAGCUGGACAAAUCAGAACAAACUGCACUUCACCUUGCAGCACUUCAUGGACACACUCGAGUGGUUGAGGUCCUCAUUGCUGCAGCCAGACGUAAUUUGUCUUCUUCUUCAGCUAAUGAUGAUGCCCAUAAUCAAGUCAGUAAUUUUCACAAUUUUAUUAGGCAAGCUAAUGUUCAAGAAAGAAACACCACAUUACAUCUAGCUGUUCUAAGUGGUUACGUGGCAAUAGUGAAGCUCUUAGUGGAGGCCGAUCCAAAUGACAGUCAUGUUCAAAAUAAUGAAGGCAAAACUCCAAUUUUCAUAGCUGUGGAAAAUGGGUACAAAGAUAUAAUAAAGGAGAUGUGUACAAAUUGCACAGCUCUGUCUUUAGAUGGUCCUCAUGGUAGGACAACGGCUUUGCAUGCUCUUAUAAAGAAUAUCGGCCAAGUGACAAAAGGAGCAAACAACAUGAUUAAGAUGAUGAUUGAAGCAGCCAAAGGUUGGAGCAGUGCAGAGGACCCAUCACUUUUAAAGUUUAAAGAAAUCUUUAGUAGAACAGACGAGUCUAGAAGCACUGUCUUGCAACUGGCCAUGGAGAGAAACUAUGUGGAUGUCGUUAAACUGAUACUACAAGAAGAUCCAGCCUAUCAACCUGUUCCUGAAAUUAAAAGACAUGGUAUCAUGCGUUUAAUCUACAAAGCCGUGGAUGAAAAGUAUAGCAAAGACAUUCUUGAAUUUCUCUCUGAAGCUUAUGAAGCUGGAAUUGACUCUGAUCAUAAAGGUGUGCUUGCUUUGAUUCUUGAUAUUAAGAGACGUGAUGAAGACUCUGUAUUAGGUCACUUAAGGGAUGCUAAAUCACGCGUGACUUUUAAAGAAGAUAAUGGAUGGACACCGCUUCAUUAUGCUGUAUAUCAUGAAUUUGAUUCAAUACUUGGUGCCAUAAUAGAAGCCCAAGAAGAUAUUGGACAACAAUUUGUGUAUGAAAAUUUGGUACCAACACCCUUUCAUGUUGCAGUCAUACAUGGAUAUACUUCUACAGUUACAAGACUACUGCAAUCAUGGCCAGAUCCUUCUAGUGAAGUCAGUGCUGAUAACUCUCCAUACACAGUUGUUGAUGUAAAUGGCAGGAAUACACUACAUUUGGCAGCAGCUGCUAAUAACAAAGAAAUGGUACUAGAUAUUUUGAAAUAUUGUCCAAAAGAGUACAAGGACCAGAUUCUAAAACAGCAAGAUGAUAAUGGCGAUACACCUCUCCAUCUUCUUAUCUCCUGCGGCUGUUUUAUACCUGAACUCAUAAAAUAUGAAGUCCCAGAUACAAAGGUAAAAAACAAGAAUGGUUGGACUGCUCCAGAUAUGUUGUAUUUUCAGAACCUUAUUGUUGGCGAUCAGGUACAAAUAAAAGUUGCCCUUGAAAAUAUGGAGACAGAUCAGUGGUAUGGAAAUUCUUUUCUUAAAAGCAUGGAGAAGAAUGUUUUUGGAAGUCUUUUCAAGAAAAAACCAAACUCAAUGCUUAAAAGCAUGAAGAAGAAUAUUUUUGGAAUGCUUUUCAAGAAAAAGCAGAAUGUUUCUGAACGUUCAGUACUCCCAAUCAGAAGUACUAGUUUAAGGCUCCCAAAUAAAAGUGAAAGUUUAGUGCUUCCAAGCAGACGACAGAGAAAAGAUGUUCUGUUUAAUGAAUGUAAAAUCUCGCUGAAUGAUGCAAAGGAGAAACAGAAGAAAAAAGAACUACAAAGAUAUAGGGAGGGGAACAACAGCCAGAUAGUAGUUAGCGCACUCAUAACUACUAUAACUUUUACAGUAGGAUUUACUAUGCCGGGAGGUCUCCAUCAAAGUGGAGAAGUUGAUGAAGGAUCGGCUGUUCUUUCAAAAAAGGCAGCUUUUAACACGUUUAUGGUAUUAGAUGUUAUAGCUUUGCUACUGUCUUCAUGUUCUAUGUUCAUCUACUUCCUUGAAUCUAUCUAUGACGAUCCCGACCAAGUGUUCAGCCUCCAUGCAACAACAACUGGACUCAACAUAGUUUCUGUCAUGUUGAUGAUGUUAAUAUUUAUCACAGGAACAUAUGUGGUAUUAUCCCAAUCACCGGCCCUCGCCAUUACAGUUUGCGUCAUUGGUUCACUCUUCUUUAUUUUUGUCAUUGUUCACCUGAUGAAGUUUGUACGUUCUCGUCGAGCAAAGAAGAAUAGAGAUUGAGUAUGUCUGUCGCUAUCUGUUAUUUUAUAUAUUUAUGUAGUUCAAGUUAUGAUGUAUUGUAAAAGGACCGAUGCUAUCUAGCAGGAUGAUGUAGUAGACUAGCAGCUGUGAACACCCUGUUUAUAUUUUGUCAUUAUUAUUGCUAGGGAGCAUUGUUUUAUUAUUGGGUGUAGUAAGAGACGAUAUGUACUUUCACUUUGUGUUCCUUUGAUGUAUAGAGUGAAAAUUUUGGCACA